AUGUCCAACAGUACACUACCAUCAACUUUCAAUUCUCGGGCUGAAGAUGGAGUAUGGAUCCGAGACCGAAACUCAUUGCGAGGCGGCAGUACUCUUCGACGAGGCGAUGACGAAGACAGCUCUGAAACGUCCACGCAGCUUGUUGCUUCUAGCAUUGGCACAAAUCGCACCAAUAGCACCUGGAACAAUGCUGACUACCAACCAAUAGAGCAGUUAUAUGGUCGAGGCACAAGCUCUUCUCAAACUACCAAUGUUGGCUUCGCAAAGCAGGGUGCGGUCAAAAAGGAUGCCAAAACUCGUGCUCAAGAACGUAUCAAUCGCGAGAAGCAGAUGGAGCAGGAAAGGAAGCAAGCACAAGAGCUAGCUGACGAGUCAGGCGAAAGCGAUGACGAUGGCAGUGAUGGCGAGUGGGAGUUGUAG